AUGAGUGUAGCGCAAACAAAGUAGCCAAAUAUAGAAAAUAAGAAUAGAUAUUAUAAUUAAGGCAGGACCGAUGGAGAUGAGGAAGAAGAAGACGAAAUUAACAUGUAUGGUCAAGGAUACCAAAACGAGUCAGAUAUUUAAAACAAUUAAGUCGAAUUAGAUGAAUAAGAUUUACAUCAUUAAUUGCCUAUAGAUGGCUAGAAUAUUAAUUAAUUAUAGUAAAAUAAUGAAGAAUAUGACCAAGAAAAUGAGAAUGAAUAAUAAUAAUAAUAAUACUAUAACUAAUUUCAUUAACUUCAACAUGUAUUUAAACAAGACCAAGAUAAUCAUGGAGGUUUGGAAAAGUAAUGGUUUUAUUCAUUUUAGGAGAAUAGCGAAGAUAAUGAAAAUGUGUAACAAAUUUCUUAGAUUCCUUCAUCUCAAUUUUAAUCUUAGCAACAAUCAAUUUAAAGUUCUUAACAGAAGAUUUCUUAGUACAUAAAUCCACAACAGUAAAUUUAACAUAAGCAAGGAUAUUCCUAGAAUUAGUAAUAGCCUAAAAACCAACAAUUUCAGAUCAUUUCAUCAAAGUAACCUUAACAAAGUGUAAUUGACAGCUAAGAUAAUUUAGCAGAAAGUUAAUAGGAAAACUAUGAGGAUAAAGAUCAAGAAGGUGAUAACUAAGAUUAGUUUAAGCAAAUGGAGAUGUUACAUAUGAUGCAAAUAAAUUCAAAUAAAUAGCAGUUUGUUAACAAUUAAAUGGUUAAGCAAGAUUAAAAACGUUAAAAUAACUCCUAAAAAGAGUAAGAUAUGAAUGAGGAGGAAGGAGAGUUGAGAUAACAAGAUGAUGAAUUAUUAGAGCAGUAAAUUUAGGAUUAAUAACAGUUAUAGCAACCUGUUCAAGAAGAUAUGAUUAUGUGUAAUAAAUGCUAAAAUUUUCCUUUUAACUAUAUAGAACUUAAUUGCUAGCACAGCUUUUGUCUUAAGUGCAUGGCAGAGUGGUUUAUAUAAUAGGAUUAUUUAACAAUAGAUUAAAUAUUUGAAUUACCAAUUUCUUCUACAGACGAAAACUAUUCAGAGCUAAAAGAGGAGUGCAUGAUAAAUGUUUAAUGCGUGCUAUGUCUUGAACAGACUCUACUGGAUUAUGAUUCAGUAGAAGCUGUUAAAGAAGUAAUAAGGCAGAUUUAAAUAAACUUUAUUUAACAGCAAGAAAACUAAAAAUUAGCUGAAUAAAACUAGGAGUUUGGUGAUUAAGCAUAAGAAUAAAUUUAUUAAAAUCAAUAUGAUUAGGAGCAGAAGUCUAAUUAAGAGGAUGAUGAUGGUUAUUAUUAGAAUUAGUUAGAAUAUUAAGGAUAGCAAUUUGCUGCUGAAGAUUAGUUCCAUUUAAAAGGCUUUUCAAACAAGUAGAAUAAUGCAGAAUUGCUAAUCGCUUAAUAAAAUAAUCAUUUUGCUAAUAAUCAAUACCAUUCUUGUGAUGAGAAUACCGAGUAAAUUGAUGAAAGCUAGCUUAAUUAUUAAAAUUAGCUUAUAAAUAAUAAAAAUUAACAGCAUAAAUAAAACCCUUUAGCUAACAUGAACGAAUACUAAAAAUAAAUGAGUGAUUCUUCUUCAUCGUCUUCUUAAGGUUUUGCAUUAAAUUAGCCUUAAGUAAGUAAUAUCAAUUUACAAAAACUGUAGCCCAUAAUACAACCUAGUUAAUAAUCCCCAGUCCUUGUCAUUUAAAAUGAUUCCCAAAUUAAUUCCUUACAAGCAAGAUAGGAAAUAAUCUAUGAAGACAGUAGUGAAACAUUUUAAACAGAAGAAACAAAUAGAAAUCAUAAUAAUAAUAACAAUAAUUAAAUAAAUCUAAGCAAAGAAGAUAUCAAAUUGGGUAACAAGUAAUUCGAAAGUGCUUAAUAAACUCAGAAUUAAACUGCAGAAUCAAAGUCUUCUUCCAGCUAGUAAGAUUAUCAAAAUCAAAACUAUAUCAAAGAAGAGUAGAAAAAGUCGCAUGGAAAGGAAUUCAAUAAAUUUAUCAAUACAUCAAAUAAAAAUUAUCAUUAUGUUAACAGUCAACAAAGUUUCUCAAAUAAUAAUAGUCCAAACAAUAAUACAACUCCAUAUGACACAAAUUCUAUGCAGAUAUUCUCUAAAAAGAACCAAGAUUAUACUUCUUUCUCUAACUCAUAAUUUAACGCUUCUAUGACUCCUUAGAGCAAUACAGAUAUUAACUUUGGUAACAAAGAAUCAUAAUAAACUAUUUCAAAUCAUGCCAUCCCAUUUAAUGAGUAUUUUUCUAUGCCAGAUAAAUAGAAUCAAUUCAUUUCUCCAAAUUAACAACAAUAAUAAUAAUAAUAGUAAUAAUUUUAGCAAUAUUAAUAAAGUGGAUCCUUGCAAAAUUAAUAAGGCGAGCUUACUCAAAGCAAUUACAGUGGUGCCAGCACUUCACAUAACCAUGAAAGUAGUACAAUGAGUGAUGUUCAGAGAAAAAUGAUCAAUAAAGGAGGAGUAAAUGAAAAUAAACAAAUGACUGAUAACUAAAAGAAAAUGCAUGCAAAAUCUUCUACACCAGUCUAAUUCUAAAGCAGUGAAAGAAAUACUGAAACUUAGUAGAAUUAAUUAGAAGACGUAGAAGAGCACUAUGGUGAAUAAACAGACGAUGAAGCUGAAGGAUCUGCUUUUAAAUAUCCAUAAAAACUAAAUUUUAGUAAAAUAUAAUAAAAAAAUCCAGAAAAUGUUCAACAAUAAAGUGAAUUUAAAAUUGGAAUUUAAUAAAGUGAAAAUAUUAAGAAAGAACUUAAUUAUGAUGACUUUGCUAAUGUUUCCGAUAGCAAUUUGUAAGAAGAAGAAAGCUUUUAACACCAAUAAGCAAAUGUUGUUUCCAAUAACCCUUCUCUUAGAGAAUCUUAAAAAUCAUAAUAAGAAAAGAGCAAUAGAGUCAGCUAAUAAUAUGAGCAAGACAAAAACUAUAAACAAAACGAUAACCAAAAUUUUGGCUCUGCUUCUUUCAAUUAAUUUGCUUAGCAGAUUUAGAAAAUUUAGCAAAAGGAUUAAAUAAAAAAUAUAUAAAUUCCAAACCAAAAUAAGCCUUAAAGUUUUGAUUAGAAAUUUGUUUCCAGAGAUCUUAAAAAUUAACAACAACAAUAGUAGUAGUAAGAGGGAAAAUUCUAAAGAGAUUAGCUUGAAUAAGAAAAGGAUAAUGGGGAUGACAUUUCUUAUGACCUCAGAGCAAAUGAAGAGGAAAAUUAAUAUCUUGACCCUCAAGAAGCUUUUUCAAAUUAGUUAUACAACUAAAUUAAAAUAGAACAAAAGUAAAAUUUAGAAUAAAAAAUUUAAAAGCUGAGCAAUGAAUAGCUCCAAAAACAGCAACAGUAAACAUAAGUUAUUUAAAAAUAACAAUAAUAAUAAUAAUAUAACAAUUUUCCAGUCACAUAAUCUAUUGAAGAAGUAGAAAUCUAGCAACUACCUUUGCAAUAAAAAAGCAACAUUGAUAAAUUUGAAAAAAACUAAAAUAGUGUUCGUCCUUUAUAAAAUGUAAAUUAAUAUGAACCACCAGAAGAUAGCUCAAAUAAGAAGAAACCUAAUACAUAAAAGUUUAUUAUUUCAAAUAACAACUAAAGCAAUUUCAGCACAAAUACUAAUUUCACCUCAAAUUACAACCAUAACUUGACAAAUCAAUAAAUAAUUGCAGGUUCAAAUUUUUUAACAGUUCAAUAAAAUUAAGAAAAUAGCAACAACCUUUAAUCUACUAUUGAAAGUUAAAAAUAUAAAAUGCCAUAAAAUUCUAACUACUAGCAAAGCUUUAAUUCAAGCAUAAAUGAAGAAAAAUUAAAUCCAAUGCAGUCAGUCUUUACAGUUGAGAGAAGCAUUGAUAACAAUUAGCAAAAGCACCCUAAAAGAAAUUCUUACAGAUAAAAUAAUCCAGAUGAAGAUAGUUAAUUUUAGCAAAGCUAAGAUUUACAAAUUGGUCAGAAUGAAAAAUAAGCAAAAAUUAUCUAAAAGCAACAGACAGUAGAAUCAGUUAACAGAAAAAAUUCAAAUGAAAUCAGAGGUAAUUAGAUGAAUAAUUAUGCUUCUGUUAAUUCAAAGAGCUCUAUUUAAGAUAAUAACUUAUCUUUACAAGCUAAAAAAAGAGGUUCUUAAACAUAAAACGAUUAAAUGAGUCUUGAUAUAAGCAAUUCUAUGAAUGAGAUGUCAAGCCAGGCAGAAUAUUUUGAAAAAAAGCAAGCCAAAUAAGAUAUGUACUACUCAAGUGAUUCUUAGAAUAUUUAAGGAUAUAACAAAUAUGAUUUACCUUUAAAGCAGCUAAGCAUUGCAUAGAAUGAAUAAGAACCAAUAAGUAAUUAAAGUGUUACUACUUAUAAUAAUCAAAAGAGAGACCCUUCACCUUAAAUAUCUCAGCAAAAGUAAGUUUAGUAAAAGCUAACCUCUUAGUAAGGAAAUAACUAAAGAAGUUAAAUUCAAAGCUUACAAGAAAGUGAGGAUAGCCUAAAGAGAAGUAUGAAAAAUAAAAUUGUUGAUAAUAAACAAAAGUAGCAACAACAGUAAUAAUAAUAAUAAUAACAAUAAUAAGAUGUGAUUAGUAUUUAAGAGAAUAGCCUUGAAUAAGAUACAUAUCAAUAAAAUAAUUAUGGUAAUGAAGAAGAUUGUGAGAAUAUCUAGUUUAAAUUACAGCCUUAUUGUGAUGAGCAUCCUUAUGAGGAAUUGGGAUUUUUUAAUUUCUCAUAGAAUAAAUGUAUUUGCUUAAAAUGCUUACAAAAAGGUGAAUUUGUUACAGAAGAUGUUACUAACUUUGAAAAAGGAUAGGAGCUACUUUUAGAAAAGGUAGAUGACUGCAGUCGCUAAAUUAAUGUGUGCUUUGAAUUAAUAAAGCUAUCAUAAAAGCGCGAAGAAGAGAAGCACAGAAAAAGAGUUGAAAAAGCAAAUUAGGCUAAGAUGUUAAUUACCGAAUAGAUUUAAUUGUUAAUUUAAAAGCUCGAAGAAAAAUAGUCUUAGCUUACCGUUGAGGCUGAAGAGGUACUUAAAUUAUCAGAGAAUAUUCUAAGCAAUAAGUAAGAAGAACUUUAACAUAAACUAAAAAUCUUGGCUCAACUUCGAUUCCAUUUUAGUGAAAUCAAUGCAAGAAAUAUUCAGCCCAAUGCAAAAACAUUUAAGGAAUUCCAAUUCUGUAGAAAUAUUCUUGAUCAAUUUCUCUUCGAAAAUGAAGAUAUCUUGCAAUUAGCUAAUCAUAGCAAUGCAAACAACUCUCCUAAUGGAUCUGCUUCUAAGAAUUAAGCUAGCAACUUUAAUAAUUAGUUUUUCCUAUAAUAAAGCUAAUAAGAUUUCAUUAUAAAUAAUUUUAAAAUGGAUGAAGUCUCAAAUUUUAUUGACUAAAUUCAAUUCUUAAAAAAUAAAAUCUGCGACUUGAGAGGAGUUGAACUAGGUACACACAAUUCUUCCCUUAGAAAUAGCUUCGCAAACAAUACAAAUUCUAAAAACUAGUAGCAAAUUACAAAUAGCAAUAAUUUAAAUGCUAAUAACACUUCAUCUAAAAUGAAUAACCAAAACAUAUAACCUACAACAGUUUCUCAUGUUCAUUCAUUUUUGAAUGAAGAACCUCAAAUUUAAAAUAAUUAACUUGCUUAUAAAGAACCAAAACCUUACUACAAGUCCUCUGACAAGAGCACGAGGAGAUAGUCCUCAUCAUAAAAACAAUAGCUUUUGUAACAACAGUAAUAGUAACAUAGCUACUAGCAACAAGAAUAGUCUGGUAAUAAUUUUUCUCCGAAUUAAUAAAUUUAGUAAAUAGCUGAUUCCUAUUAAAUGAAUCAUCCCAAUGCAUUCGAACCUGAUGAAAAAACUAUUAACUUAAAUUAGCUAUUUUAAUAACAGAUUUUACAGUAAUAGUAAAUGCAAUAGAUGCAACACUAGAUGAAUAACUAAGUGCCAAUAAAUCAAAUUAAAAAGAAUUUCAAUGAUCAAAUAUAAUAUGUUAUAGGUUCUAACCCUUUCGAUAAAGAUAGAAUUAAAGACACAAAUUCGACAUUUAGCAGUUAAAAUCUUACAUACAUAAACAAUAACAACAAUAACAACAGCUUGAAUUUUGCAAAUCCGCUCAGCUAGAAGCUCUAUGCUUAAUUUUUAACAAAUGCGAACUCUCCAGCAAAUCAACAGUAGCAGCAAUAAAUUUUAAGCAGCUAAUCAUUUUCUAAUCAAAACUUGAUCAAAUCUCAAAGCUAAAAAAACCUUUAUGAGUAGUAAUAGAACUCUAAUUUAUACCCUAAUCAACUCUUAUAAGACUUUUCAUAGAAAAAUAACCCAUUUUCUCCAAAUGUAAUUUCUUCUAAUUACCCAACAUUGUCGAACAAUAAUGAGUUCAAAGAAAGAAAAUAAUAAAAAACUGAUCCUGGAAAUAUUGCUGCAGCUCAUAGUGGAGUGUUCAGAUAAUUUUAAAACAACAGCAUUAGCACAAAAGCUAAUCAAUAGCAUCUUAUGUAAUUUAACUAAAUUUUAAAUAGUCAUCUAGGCUCAGGUACACUGAAUAACAAUAACAGCAAUAGUAACUUAUUAAUGAUGAAUAAUCAUGGCAUAAGUCUUUUAGAUGGAGGAAUUAGUCACCAUUUAGGAAGUACAACUGAAGCAAGCAAAAAUAUCUAGCUAAUAGAUGAUCAAUUUACAAGCUUUAAAAAUAACCUUGCAGAAGAAUUUAAUAACAGUAUCGAAAAUCAUAACUUAAAGAGACCAUCGUUUCCAACAACAUCAGCUAAUAAAUCAGGUUAGUAAACUAUUGAUCUUUUUAGAAAAACAAAUAGCGUAAGUAAUAUUAUUUCGCAGAAUACACAUCAAUCUCCUAGUAGAUACGCUCUUCUGAAAGGAACAGGAAACAAUAACAAAAUAUCAAGCACUGUAAAUUCUACACUUCCAAAAAGCAGCGAGUAUUAUAAUAAGAGUUCAUUUAUUUCUAACUAUUACAAUGGUAAACUUGAUAAAGGAAGCUUCAGUAAUGCUAAUACUAAUAGUAAUAAUAACAGUGGCAUAAACAUUAAAUCAGGAAACUAUUAAAAUUCUUAUUCACAUAGAAUUGCAGGCACCGAUCCUUUAAGUGGAAUAGUCAAUGUGGGGAAUAAUUCUAUAAUAGCUAAGAAAAGGUAAUCAUAAAUAUUGAGAUCUCACUUCACAAACAACUAAAAUACUAGCUAAGGCAACAUAAAUAACUAUUCAAGUGAGCUAAAAAAUAGUUUCUGCGAAACAGGUUCUAUUAACAAUAGCGGAAACAGAUAUACAACUAAGAAAAGCGAAAUAGGUUUUGUUAAUAAUAGCAGCACCACUCAUUCUAACACACUUUAAAGUAAUUAUCCAAUGCAAAUAUUUAAUGUUCCACAUAACACGAGCUUCUCAAAAUCUAAAUAGGCAAGCCAUGGUAAUCUGCAUUCGUUUUACAACAAUAAUAACAAUAACAUAAGCAUAAAUAACAAUAUAAAUAGUAACAACAAUAUAAAUACGCUUCAUAGUGACUUUAACUAAAAUAUUUCUUUCUAAGGAACUUCUGGCAAAUCUUUCAAUAUUAAAAAUUAGAACACUUUAGACUCAAAAAAUUCUGGUAUUAUUUACAAAUCCCUAAAGAAAUAUUAAGACUUGUUUAGAAGAUAAAAGAAAAUAAUGUUUGAAAAUGAAAUCAGUUGA